UGGCUUUUGUUGUAUUUUCAAAAUCAGACUGGAAUGUUUAUAUUGCUGAUAGUUUUUGUCAGAAUGGAGACAGCAAAGUAUGGCAGCGAGAUUAUAAAAAAAACAAUGUCUGACUUUUGAAUUUAAUGUCACAAGUUUUCUGACUGCGUGGUGAUCCGCCUCUUCUCGCCCACGGACAGCUGGGCUCUACCAUCCUGCCAGGACGUGUGGAGGACACUCCAUGAAUACAUUAGUACUGUGACACAUUUUUCAAAUUUUUUUGGCUUUCCAUCUUUUUUAUGACUUUUUUUUCUUUCCCCAGAAGUAGAAUUUGGAAAUGUGUUUAACCACUAAUUUCCUCAUGACUAGUUGUUUAUUGUGGAUCACUCCAACAGACACAUUUUUUGAAUAUUGCUAUUCAACAACAAAUAUUGAUGUUUAUUUGAUUUAGGUUUUUUUCACAUAUUAUUUCUUGGUAUUUUGUUAUAUUAACAUCUUAAUUAUAUGGGGGUUUUUUUUCAAAAAUGAUUACUUUUUUCCUCAUAUGACCUCUAACCCUCAACUUGGUGGAGGAAAUAAAGUUACCUUUAUUUCCGUUGUCUCCCUGCAGUGGCAGUGAAGGCAAGACCAUGCUCUGAGGUCUCAUGGUUGGGCUUGUAGCGGUGGGGCUGGUCCCAUCUGAGCUCGGCGCAGCAUAUGAAAAGUACUUUGACCUCGGGGAGAGGGACGUCUUCUGUGAAGGGGAGGCACUAUAAUGAGCAUGAAUAUCAUGUGCUUUUGUCAGGGUCAAGAAGAGCUGUGGUGACCGUUGACUCUCUGCGCAGCAACUCGCUGCCCCGCUCUGUGCUGCUCAGGGCGGACAGAGGCUCCAGAAUGUUGGAGGGAAUGAAGCCAAUCUGGUCGUAACGAUUCCGACACUUCCACCAGCGCUUCGACGAAUCCAGGACCUAAUGAAACAGAGUUGAACCGUGGACAUUGGCGGGAAAAGAUUCACCUACUUCCCUACAGCGUCUUCACCUCGAGUGUUUCUCCCUGCUGCACUGAAAGCUCACUGCUGUUCCUCGCCACAAAAUCAUAACUGCAGCAGUAAAGCCGCUCUCCCUCCGGUGGGGCUCCGUCCACUUCUCUGAAAUCAUGAUGAUACACCAGUCAGCCGCUGUUCAGAUGCUCUCUGAAGGCCUCUUGCUUGUGCUGGGAUUCAACAGGGUCUUCCACCGAUCUACCAGAAGAGUUAACAGCCGGAGGCUGCCAUCGGUCCAGGAACACCGGCGAAUAUGGAGGUACAGAAACACUAAGUUGGGAUCUGGAGAGGAAGGCAAGGAUGAGUAAACCUCCAAAGAUGGACACAAGCAGAGCGACCGACCGACCGACUCACCGAGGGGAGUUCCAGUUGGGUCCUAAUGAGGUCCACAGCUGUUUCUCAUCUGCAGUCAGGUUGUCCUGGAGGAAGGAGACUGCACCACUGGUCAUAGCUGGACUGAGAACUGAUGCAGCCAAAGUUGAAUCUCCAGUGGUCUUCACCAUCUGAGACAAAGGCACUCAGCGACGGGAAGUGACAAUGUUUGAACUGUGGAGAAACUCACCAGUCGAAGAGGAACAAAGACGUGAUGGAGCAGCGUCGGACACUCUGGGCAUCGGCCGUCUGCUGCAGACGCAUCAUGAAGCGCUCCACGUCAUCGAAGCAGUGGUUAAUGAUCUCCUGAGGAGACAGAGAAGCCUCCUCUGGACGGCAGUGAGGACCAAGCCUGGCUGGGUGAUGCCCAGUCUGAAUCACAGCUUGCAGCUUUAGACAAUGGGGAUGAGAUUGAGGCUGGCGAUGAAGACAGACCAGCGUGGGAUUCCAAAAUCCAGUACGUGCUGGCGCAGGUGGGCUUCAGUGUCGGCCUAGGGAACGUGUGGAGGUUCCCCUACCUGUGUCACCAAAAUGGAGGAGGCGCCUUCAUGCUGCUCUAUGUUUUCCUCUUGCUGGUGGUGGGAGUCCCUCUCUUCUUCAUGGAGCUGGCUGCAGGUCAGAGCAUUCGCCAAGGGAGCAUCGGCGUGUGGAAGCACAUCUCCCCUAAACUGUCAGGGAUCGGCUACUCCAGCUGCCUGGUCUGUUUCUAUGUGGCUUUGUACUACAACGUGAUCAUCGCCUGGAGUUUGUUCUACAUGGGGAACUCCUUUCAGUACCCUCUGCCGUGGAACCAGUGUCCCGUGGAUGUGGCCACCAACGAAACAGUGAGAGAAUGCGCCCGCAGUUCUGCGACAUCCUACUUCUGGUUCCGGAAAGCUUUAAAUAUCACAAACUCCAUUGAAGAAUCGGGAGAAAUGAAUCCCGUCAUGACUGGCUGCUUGUUGGCUGCAUGGACAAUUGUGGCGCUGGCCAUGAUCAAGGGCAUCAAGUCUUCAGCUAGGGUGAUGUACUUUUCCUCCGUGUUCCCCUACGUGGUCCUUGUUAUUUUCCUCAUCCGAGGGCUGACUCUGGACGGUGCCAUGGAUGGGAUCACGUAUAUGUUCUACCCAAAACUGGAGAUCUGGGGUAACGUGCAGGUUUGGCGCCAGGCUGCCACGCAGGUGUUUUUCGCCCUGGGACUGGGCUACGGCUCAGUCAUCGCGUAUUCUUCGUACAAUCCGGUCCACAACAACUGCCACCGCGAUGCACUGUUGGUCUCCGGGAUCAACUUUAUGACCUCGGUUCUGGCCUCGCUGGUGGUGUUCGUCAUCCUGGGUUUCCGAGCCAAGAACAUCGCCCUGCGCUGCGUGGCUGAGAAUCUGGGAGUGCUCAACCUCAUGUCGACUCGGGGCAGUGAUCAGCACUGGUGGCCCUGGUUCAACAUGUCCGACCCGGGAUCCGUGUCUGUUCCUGAGUACCGUGAGUGGUACGGUCACUACGGCUCCAUGGUGGGCGCAAACAUCACCGACUGCAGUCUGGAAGAAGAGAUGAACAAGGGUGUGGAGGGCACAGGUCUUGCUUUCAUAGCGUUCACCGAGGUGAUGGCGCUCUUCCCCGGCAGCCCCUUCUGGUCCACGCUGUUCUUCCUCAUGCUCCUGAAUCUGGGCCUCAGCACCAUGUUUGGUACCAUGCAGGGCAUCCUCACACCUCUCAUGGACAACUUCAGCAUCCUCGGCCGCCACAGAACCAUACUCACUGUGUCCAGCUGUGCUUUGGGCUUCUUGAUCGGGCUUCUUUUCACUCAGCGCUCUGGUAACUACUUUGUGACCAUGUUCGACGACUACUCUGCAACUCUGCCUUUAAUCAUCGUGGUGAUUUUUGAGACCUUUGCUGUGUCCUGGGUUUACGGGACGGAUCGCUUCCUGGACGAUAUCGAGGACAUGCUGAAAUGGCGCCCUCCAGUGUUGUACAAGUAUCUGUGGAAGUAUGUUUGCCUGCUGGCCAUGACUGGACUUCUGGCUGCCAGCUUUUUACGGAUUGUCUUUAAAGGACCCACCUACACGUCGUGGAACCAAAUCACUGCCUCAGAGAAGACUCUGGCCUACCCAGGUUGGGCUUUGGCUAUGAUCGUCCUGCUCAUCGUCUUGGCCAGUCUGCCCGUGCCCAUCGGAUACCUUCAUUCCAUGCUGACAAGUCGCAGCAGCCCUUCAAGUGGCGAGGAAAGUGAUCAACAAAUCCAUCGAGAGCUCUACACCAAAUGCAACUCCUCUGAACUUCUGGACUCCCAGCAAGUUGCGUCUGAGGAAAACGACAGUCGCCCCCGGACAAUCUUCCUGCCGAUGGCAAACGAAAAUUACAGGCUUCUUUCUCAACUAGAGGAGGACGAACAGGACACCAGAGUGUGAAAUUGGACGUGAGGUGUGUGAACAGGACGCCAAAAUGUGAAGGGAAGAGAAAUGAACAAAGACUGAGUAUCUCAUACUUGGCUACUGACUCGACAGUCUGGAUUGUUGAGGAGCCAGAGUUAUUUUUACUGAAGAAUGAAUAAAUUACCAUCCUGAUUUUUCUAAAAAGAACAAAUAAAUAGUCUUAGACCCUAGAGUAUCAAAACAUGAACAUAUACAGGAAAGUGCUGCUAUUAUUUGUAGAAACUAAAUGUAUAUUAUACUGUGUGAAACACUAGCGUUUAACUUAGUAGAUCCUGCCCGACUGAGAUGAGUCUGCUGAUCGAUCAGUAUUGAUGGUGAGUUACAGAUUUUGGCAGCUCCUUUUUUUUUAGGUUGCUGCAUGAAAACAUUUAGAGUUUUGAAUCAUUGUGUUGUUGGAAUGUGGACAAAUAUAGGUGUAUUUGCACCAGCAAAGACGUGAGUGAAUAGAUCAGAUGUGUUGUGUGUGUGUCUGUGUGAACGAGUUUACAAUAUGUAUUGAGUUUUUAUCAGUUUACCUCAACACCCAGUGGUUUUCAGAUGAGCCCACAUUAGGUUCUGUGUGUGGCAGUAUGGCAUUGUACUGUAGACAAUGACUUGAAUA